GCCAGUUAAAAUUUGACACUACCGUGUUAAACUUACAAAAAUGUUUUGGGGUUUAACUCCAGCGCUUGAUCUUCUUAAAGAAUAUGAGUUGAUAAAUGAAGAAACUCCCGAAGAAAUGAACAUCCUCAUAAUUGGCGGAUCUGACUGUAGACAUGUGCUGCAAACCAUAGCGAAAAAAUACCGACACAAACCGGUGAAACUCAACUUCUAUCUGUUAGAUGCUUGCUUGGAAAGUAUUGGGAGACAGCUUCUGCUUCUUUACAUCGCACUCCAGCCUCAAGAAUCUAUGGGACUCGACCAGAAAACGAAAACUUUCAUGGAACUUUAUGGCAACACGCUAGUCCGACCUUCAGUUGCGAAAAGCUUAUCAAUAAUAGCAUCCGAUUUGGUGGAAAUGAUUACAAACUACGACUAUCUACAUGAAAUUUUGAACUGUAUCAGCUUCGACAUGAAAUACAAAGAACGAGACUAUUUGGAAAAUCUACUCAAAUUCUGGGUCGGAAAAGACGAAUUUAACAUUUGCGACUGUUGGGACAGGCGUCUAAGAAAAAUGUUAGGGGUAAGAUACGAUGCCAAAUACGGGGCGUUUGACUGGGAUCUUCACAUGCGUUUCCACGAAGUGGGUGGUAAACAAGUGUGCAACCAAGAAUAUCGCAACUUUCGUUUGAAUGGAGUAGCUUUUAGUUGGUUGGAAAACGAAGUAUCUAAACCAAACAGGACAUUCGUAUGUGCCGUCAUACCUAACGGAGAUAAGUUUGCUCAUUAUGGAUAUCUUGGGGACAUACAGACAGGUCCAUUCGUAGCAUAUGGAUUAGACUGCGAUGAUAAAGAAUUUUUGAAAUCCACACAUGGUCAAAAUUCGUACAGAGCUACCGACGUUACUGAACGGAAUUUGAAACAGGUAUUUUAUGAAAUUCAAAAUAAGGAAGAGUACGACCAUAAGUCCACAAGCGACAUGAAGAUGGGACCAGUAGUGAUGAAGCAAGAAAAAUUAGUCAUAGACACAAAACCUGUUGAUUUUAUCCCUAAGAAGACGCAACAAUGCUUUAGUCUGGAUGACAAAAUCUGCUUCAUGUCUACUUUUAACUUGAAUAGCAUAAAGCACAAGGAAAAAUAUAGCAAUUUUUUCCACCUGAUAUACUUCAGCAAUACAUAUUUGAAGUAUUUUGAGAGAGAGACCAUAGAAAAAAUUUCAAAAAACAAUUGUCUUCUCAUCAUAGAACACCAACUGUAUGUACUUAGCAACAGGAAAAAAGAAUUAGAAGAACUUGCAAAAACCAUUAAUAAAACUGUUAGUGAUAUGAACGUUAAGAAAAAACCGUUUGAUUGUGAGAAAGACGCAUAUGCAAAGUUUGUAAUAAUAAAGACAGAGUGA